ACUACAAAUCAGUUGCAAACUCCUUCAAGAUUAUUUCAUCUACAAAAUCUGUUAAGACUCCCACGAACAUUAACUACAAAAAAUCACAAGAUGUUCAAGCUAUCUUCUCCAUGUUUUUUCAUCGUAGUGCUAAUUGCUACCCUACACACAGUAACAUGUGUGGCUGCCAUCAACCCAGCACCGGCUGGAGAAGAACCUGCUCUUGAGUUGUACAUGCAUGACAUUCUAGGGGGCAGUAACCCUACGGCACGGCCAAUCACUGGCUUGCUAGGGAAUAUAUAUAGUGGUCAAGUACCCUUUGCAAGGCCAUUAGGAUUCAAUCCUCCAAACGGAGUGGCCAUCCCCAAUGCCAAUGGUGCCCUUCCAACUGUUAAUGGUCUCAAUGGCAUUCCACUAGGAACUGGCUUGUCUGGUACAACUUUUGCAAGUCAGAAUCCAAAUGGUCAGAUCCAAACCCAACUUGGACCAGACGGAUUGGGGCUAGGCUUUGGAACAAUCACUGUCAUUGAUGACAUUUUGACCAACAGCCCUGAGUUAGGGUCGCAGCAACUGGGAAAAGCUCAAGGAGUUUAUGUGGCUAGUUCUGCAGAUGGGACCACACAGAUGAUGGCAUUUACAGCCAUGUUCGAAGGGGGAGAAUUUGGUGAUGCCCUGAAUUUUUAUGGAAUAUACAAGAUUGGUAGCACAAUGUCACGUUUGUCAGUGACCGGGGGAACAGGCAAGUUUAAGAAUGCUAUCGGAUUUGCUGAAAUCCGAGGACUUAUCCCAUCAGGUCAAGUAGGCACCGAUGGUGCACAGACAUUACUAAGGAUCACUGUCCAUUUGAAAUACUAAAAAUACAAUUGGAUUAAAUGCUGGUUUGUUGUGUGAAAUUAAUGUGUUCAUGGUUUGUGGUUUCUCUUGGUUAACGGGCUCUCAUACUGCCAGAUGUAUCAGAUGUUGCAACUGAAAUGGUGUGAAUAUGGAAAAAAAUCUUGAUUGAUUUUCCCUGCGAAUAUAAAAGAUUUUCUACUUCA